GGGUGAGUGUGGCGGGCGGGCUGAACUGAGGCGGGCCGGGGACGCGUUCCGAAUCGCGUUCCCUCUGUGUCUGCGGAGCCCCUCGAGCCCUUCGUGGAGGCCACAGAUAAAAAGGCACACUGCUUAUCUUGACGAGAGGGCUCCGUAGGACAUUUUCCCGGGGAGACAGAGCCUCGACACUCAGAGUGUCUGGAAGCGUGUGUCCUAGGAUCUCGGAGGAGGAAUGGGGCUAACUGGGGUAGAGGGGAGAUCGGCGAAGCCUGACUCCAAAGGAAAAAGUGGAAGACGAUUUUAGAGACUGUGGAAAAGGGCUCUAAUCCUACCCGUGUCUCGCUUUGGGGGGGUUGUCCGUGAUGAGGAAGAAAGGAAAUCCUUAAAUGGAGGCCUUGACGGAAAAGCGUUUGAGGAUUCCGCAAACAUCGGGUCUUAAUGUGGAAAUGAGUUCUCAGCAGUUUCCUCGGUUGGGAACCCCUUCCCCUGGGCUCAGCCAGGCACCUUCACAGAUCGCAAACAGUGGUUCCACAGGCUUGAUAAACCAGGUUGCCACAGUGAACGAUGAAUCUGGCCGAGAGGCUGAUGUUGGUGCCAGGGAGCACGUGGGUGCUAGCAGCUCCCUGCCACCCCGGGAAGAGAAGCAGGAGCCAGUCGUGGUAAGGCCUUAUCCGCAGGUACAGAUGCUACCUGCACACCAUGCCGUCGCUUCAGCCACUCCUGUUGCAGUGACAGCCCCGCCAGCACACCUGACACCAGCAGUACCACUCUUUUCCUCAGAAGGACUCAUGAAGCCACCCCCGAAGCCCACCAUGCCUAGCCGCCCCAUUGCGCCUGCUCCCCCUUCUACCAUGUCCCUUCCGCCGAAAGUUCCAGGACAGGUUACUGUCACUAUGGAAAACAGCAUCCCUCAAGCUUCAGCCAUUCCUGUGGCAACAAUCAGUGGACAACAGGGGCAUCCCAGUAACCUGCAUCACAUUAUGACUACAAAUGUUCAGAUGUCCAUUAUCCGAAGCAAUGCUCCUGGGCCCCCUCUUCACAUUGGAGCUUCCCACUUACCUCGAGGUGCAGCUGCUGCUGCUGUGAUGUCCAGCUCUAAAGUAACCACAGUCUUGAGGCCAACUUCACAGUUGCCAAAUACUGCUACGGCCCAGCCAGCGGUACAGCACCUCAUACACCAGCCAAUCCAGUCUCGUCCACCUGUGACCACCUCCAGUACGAUCCCUCCUGCUGUGGUAGCCACGGUCUCAGCCACCAGAGCUCAGUCUCCAGUCAUCACUACGACAGCAGCACACGCUGCUGACUCAGCACUAAGUCGGCCCACUUUAUCUAUCCAGCAUCCGCCAUCGGCAGCCAUUAGUAUCCAGCGUCCUGCACAGUCUCGCGAUGUGACGACGAGAAUCACACUACCUUCUCACCCUGCGUUAGGGACACCGAAACAGCAGCUCCAUACAAUGGCCCAGAAAACCAUCUUUAGUACUGGCACCCCAGUGGCUGCAGCUACAGUAGCACCUAUUUUGGCAACCAACACCCUUCCUUCAGCAACCACAGCCGGAUCUGUGUCGCACACACAAGCUCCCACGAGUACAAUUGUUACCAUGACAAUGCCCUCCCAUUCAUCCCAUGCCACUGCUGUGACCACCUCAAACAUCCCAGUGGCUAAGGUGGUGCCCCAGCAGAUCACACACACUUCCCCUCGGAUCCAGCCUGACUACCCCUCAGAGAGGAGCAGCCUGAUUCCCAUCUCGGGCCAUCGGGCCUCUCCCAAUCCUGUGGCCAUGGAAACCCGAAAUGACAACAGGCCUUCGGUUCCUGUUCAGUUCCAGUACUUUUUGCCGACUUACCCGCCCUCUGCAUACCCUCUGGCUGCUCACACCUACACCCCCAUCACCAGUUCUGUGUCCACUAUCCGACAGUACCCAGUUUCAGCCCAGGCCCCAAACUCCACCAUCACAGCUCAGACUGGCGUUGGUGUAGCAUCUACAGUACACUUGAACCCCAUGCAGCUGAUGACAGUAGAUGCUUCCCAUGCUCGACAUAUCCAGGGGAUCCAGCCAGCACCCAUCAGUACACAAGGAAUCCAGCCAGCCCCCAUUGGGACAUCAGGGAUCCAGCCUGCACCAAUUGGCACACAAGGAAUCCACUCAGCAGCCCCAAUCAACACUCAGGGGCUCCAGCCAGCAACAAUGGGUAAUCAGCAGCCGCAGCCUGAAGGAAAAACCUCAGUGGUGUUGGCAGAUGGAGCUACAAUUGUAGCCAACCCUAUCAGCAAUCCAUUCAGUGCUGCUCCAACAGCAACAACUGUGGUCCAGACUCACAGUCAGAGUGCUAGCACCAACACACCAGCCCAGGGCUCGUCUCCCCGGCCAAGCAUACUACGGAAGAAACCUGCCACAGAUGGAAUGGCAGUUCGGAAAACUCUCCUCCCUCCUCAGCCUCCUGAAGUGACUAGUCCUCGAGUAGAAAGCUCUAUGCGGAGUGCAUCCGGGUCACCUAGGCCUGCAGGUGCCAAACCGAAGCCCGAAGUGCAUAUGUCUCUAGCCACUCCAGUCACAAUGUCCUUGGAGACCAUAUCCAAUCAGAAUGCCGAACAGCCUACCAUUGCGGUCCCACCAACUGCCCAGCAGCCUCCACCCGCCAUUCCAAGCAUGAUUGCAGCAGCCAGUCCUCCAUCGCAGCCAGCCAUUGCUCUCUCAACCAUUCCUGGAGCAGUCCCCGUCACGCCACCCAGCACUACCGUUGCUGCUGCACCAACACCGUCCGCCCCUGUGGGUGGCAGUCUCUCCACCGUUCUGGGACCUCCUGUUCCUGAGAUCAAAGUCAAAGAAGAAGUAGAACCAAUGGACAUCACGAGGCCUGUUUCCACGGUCCCUCCUCUGGGUACCAACACUGUGUCUCCAUCCCUUGCUCUGCUGGCAAGCAACCUGUCCAUGCCUACAAGUGACCUACCACCUGGUGCCUCCCCAAGGAAAAAGCCUCGGAAGCAGCAGCACGUGAUCUCAACAGAAGAAGGGGAUAUGAUGGAGACAAACAGCACUGAUGAUGAGAAGUCCACUGCCAAAAGUCUGUUGGUGAAGGCUGAGAAACGAAAGUCGCCUCCCAAAGAGUAUAUUGAUGAAGAAGGUGUGAGAUAUGUCCCAGUGCGACCAAGACCUCCCAUCACUUUGCUUCGUCACUAUCGGAACCCCUGGAAAGCUGCUUACCACCACUUUCAGAGGUACAGUGACGUCCGGGUCAAAGAGGAGAAGAAAGCUAUGCUACAAGAAAUAGCCAAUCAGAAGGGAGUGUCCUGCCGUGCCCAAGGCUGGAAAGUCCACCUCUGUGCUGCCCAGUUACUGCAACUGACAAAUCUAGAACAUGAUGUUUAUGAAAGACUUACCAACCUACAGGAAGGGAUCAUCCCAAAGAAAAAAGCAGCAACUGAUGAUGAUCUACAUCGAAUAAAUGAGCUAAUACAGGGAAACAUGCAGAGGUGUAAACUAGUGAUGGACCAAAUCAGUGAGGCCAGAGACUCUAUGCUUAAGGUUUUGGAUCACAAAGAUCGGGUCCUGAAGCUCCUCAACAAGAACGGGACUGUCAAGAAAGUGUCAAAAUUGAAGCGAAAGGAAAAGGUGUAGACCUAGAAGAAUCAGGACUUGGAAACAAUUUAUGAAGAAUGGUGAUUCGGGGGGAGGGGAAGAGGGCUUGGCUGCUUUCACAAUGGAGCAUUGAAAACAGGAGUUUUCCUCAUUCAGCUGAGGAAGCAGAGCUGGUGCACAGAAGGAUCAGAGCUGGACUGACAUGGGGAGUCCUCCUUCCUCCAGGUACAUGCCUGUUGCACCUCUGUCUUCAGCAACUCCUGAUACUCGGUGACAGACGGCCAGCUGAGUUUUCAGCCUCCCAGUCCAUAGACUGUAUUUAUCAGUGGAUUCCUGCAGGGCCUGAACUGAGCCUGGACUGAAGGUAUCCACUUGGACAAUCUGUUAUCUCUAGACUAAACAUAAAACCUCUUCUCACUCCAGUCAGUUCUUCUCUUUGACCGUCCAGUGCCCAAAAUGGCCUUCUACGGUGGUGCCACAGCACCGGAGAGCUGCCGCAUCUCACACAGAAGGGUUCCAGCGACCAGUUAUCAUUUCUUUUCAAAAGAACCAUUUCCAAGAGAUGUUAUUACAUUGUCUGAGCUGCCUGUAUCAGAGCUGAAUUCUUGUGGAGGUGGAGAGCAGGCAAUACUGAACUGCUCUGGGAUCCUGUUCUGGAGAACAUUUUCGGUUAUCUGUACUUCCCUCCUGGUGUGAUGCUGUUAAUCAUAUGUACCACGCAUCUCCAAAUGUUAAUAAAGACUAGAAGAGGUUUUUGUAGAUGA